GUUUGAAUCUCUCCUAAAUAAAGUUCAAUCUGUUCCAAUAGAAUUUUAAUUUCGCGAUUUUCAAUUUUAGUGUGAACUAUAAAAUAAUGUAUAAGGUUAUGUUUAGGUGAUAAAUAGCAAAUAACAGUUCUCAAUAUAAGCAAAUGCUUAUAUAUACUUUAUGAGAUAUAAUAUGGAUGCGGAUAUAAUAACAGCAAUAUUAAACAGCGAUACAGAAAAUGCUGCUCAGUCUGAGAAUUGUAAAGAUAUGUCAAGGGAAACUUUGCUUUGUUCACAAUCUGAUGUGAUAUUGAACACUCUAUGUACAUCACUGAGUAACCUUUUAUGUUACAAAGUAUCCAAGGAAGCUUAUCAACGCUAUUCGGUUCGAUUUUUGAUAAUAGACAUCUUGCGAAAAUGGUGCAGAACAACAAACAAUUUUGAUCAUUUACAAAUAUUUACUUCUAAGGAAAAUAGCUUAAAGUUUGUAAGUAUUCUUUUAGACAAACAUCUCAAUGAUGAUGUUUUGAAUGAAUGCUAUUCUCAAGAUGCCUUAAUAUCCUUAACUAUUGCUAUAAUGCACUUGUCAGUUGAAAAUCUGCUCUUGAUGCCUUAUGUGGAUAGAUUACUUUUAAAAAUUUUACAACUAGAAGUAAAUGAUAAAAUUGAAAAAUUAUUACAUAAUGCUUUACAUUCAAAUUUUCACCUUCAAUUAUCCACAAAGGAAAAGAUAUAUGUUUCACAAAAAUUUAAAUUAAUAGAGGAACCCUUGCUCAACAGUUUAAUGUGCACGCUUCCAGAUUUGACAAAAGAGAAUUGUGUAGAUAGUCAAAAAAGUGAGGAAGAGAGACUGAAUCAACUAUUAGAAUUUAGCACUGAGUCUGCAUGUGUUUUUCAAUUAAUAUUCAAUUUUUUGAAAGAAUUAUUAGUUCAGCUGCAGUAUGCUCCUGCAGUUCUGCAUUUCAUAGAUGUGAUAUUAAAGCGAGUAUCUCUCUUUUGUGAAAAUCGGAAUAGAGACGUAUUAGAUCUUUAUCCCAAAAAAUUGCAUUCUUCUAUAAUCUUAUUACGGAUAAAACCAGAAUAUCAUACAGUUCAGACACGAGAUUAUACAUUGAACAUUUUAAAUCAAAUCUUUAGUGAGAAUAAAGAUACUUUAUUAAUUUUAAUAUCUCACUUUUCCGAGUGGCUAGAAGAUUUUGCAAAUUAUGUCGCUAAUAAUGCACAAAGUUGACUGUAAAGAUACAGAAAGAUAAUGCGAAUUGUACAUUCAUGUACAAGUGUGUUUAUAAAUAGCUUAAAACAAUGAGUCUUAUUCUUCAAAUAAUAUGAAGACAAGUGUAUAUCAAAAAGACAGAUUUUUAUUUAUUCAUCAUCCAGAACAUGUAUGCUGGAAUGCAUUUGAAGAUAAUGAAAGUCGGUAUUCCGAGUCCUUAAAGCCGUAAAUUAUUUUAAAUCCUCAUUUACAUUUCUAAAAUGUGUCUUAUAUUUACUUUAUGUGGAACGUGUUAAAUUGAACAACUGAUGUAUUGUAAGUAAUAUCUCGAAAUAAAUAUUUUGAAAAGAAA